AAUUUUUUACACAGCUACAAACGUGUGGGGACAUCACUAUAACUGAAGUAUUUCUGUAUUUUUGGUAUUUGAAGUGACGCUGAGCUAUCUUGAUCAAAAGUACGUUUUAUAAAUUUGUUUUACAUUUUUGAAACUACGCCAUGGCGUCGUUAGAUUUGCUAACACCACACUUAUCUAAAAUCAAAAUACCCGGCCCGCAACAAUUGAUUUACAAGGAUGAAUGUGUGUAUUCUUUUGACAAUCCGGAGUCAGACACAGGCCUAUAUGUAUCGUUAGUAAGUUUUCUCGGUUUCGGACGUAACUACGUCGAACAGUACUUCCAGAAAACAGGAAACAAUGUCUUUGUGCACAUUAAGAGGGAUAAAAAGCCAAUCCCAGAGCCAGAACAAACCGGUGAUGGGCCUGAGAAGAAAAUCACGCGGUUGGCCAUCGGCGUGGAGGGCGGGUUCGACCCCACGUGCGGCAGACCCAAGUUCACCUACACAGACCACUACAAUGUCGUCGUGCUCCCAGGGUUCCACACGUACCCAUGGCCUAACCCCAGUCUGCCAGAUGUUGUAAACAAAUCCGUCCAAGCGGUCAUAGACGCCGAGUCACCGUUCAAAAUCGCGGAAAUUGCGGCAUUACAGGACACCUGGGAUGGAGAGAAGCGCAAAGUAUCUGCUCACGCAUUAGGCCUGAAGCAGUUAGACAAUGGCGUGAAGAUCCCGCCGUCUGGUUGGAAGUGCGCCAAGUGCGACCUAACUACCAACCUCUGGCUGAACCUCACUGAUGGCUCCGUGCUCUGCGGGAGGAAGUUCUUCGACGGCUCAGGGGGAAAUGAUCAUGCUGUUGAACAUUACCGUGAGACAGGCUUUCCGUUAGCGGUGAAGCUGGGCACGAUCACAGCGGACGGCAAGGGAGACGUGUUCUCAUACGCUGAGGACGACAUGGUGGAGGACCCGCAUCUCAGCACUCAUCUCAAACACUUUGGUAUCAAUGUGCAGCAGUUACAGAAGACGGAAAAAUCGAUGGUGGAGUUAGAACUAGAGCUGAACCAGCGCAGUGGGGAGUGGAACACGCUGCAGGAGUCAGGCAGCGAGCUGCGGCCGCUGUGUGGGCCUGCGCUCACUGGACUCAACAACCUCGGCAACACCUGCUACAUAAACAGCGUUGUACAGGUAUUGUUCCGCAUGCCAGACUUCGUCCGUCGGUUUGUGGACGGCGCCCCGGAAAUAUUCUCCACCUUUCCGGAAGAUCCCGUUAACGACUUCAAUGUACAGACAGCGAAGCUGGGUGUGGGCUUAGUGUCGGGCCGCUACUCGUUCCCGAGUGCGGAGGGCGGGUUUCAGGCGGGCGUGUCGCCGCACAUGUACCGCAACCUGGUGGGCCGCGACCAUCCCGAGUUCAUGAGCAAGCGCCAGCAGGACGCGCACGAGUUCUACCUGCAUCUGCUGUCGCUGCUGCAGCGUCACAGCCGCCACAAGCCGAACCCGUCGGACUGCCUGCGCUUCAGCGUGGAGGAGCGCAUGCGCUGCGGCGCCAGCGGCGCGUCGCGCUACACGCACCGCGCGGAGUACCACCUGCCGCUGCCCGUGGCGCUGCACGCCGCCACCAACGCGCCGCAGCUCGCCGACUACGAGCGGCGCCGCGCGCUCGCCGACAGCAGCGGACAGCGACUAGACCCGUCGCAGCUGGUGCGGCCUCAGAUCCCGUUCCAGGCGUGUCUGGAGAGCUUCAUGAAGGAGGAGACGGUUGAGCAGUUCUACAGCAGCGCUGUCAACGAGAAGGUCACUGCACACAAAAUUACACGUCUGGCGACGUUCCCCGACUACUUGCUCAUUCAACUGAAAAAAUUCACCAUCAAGGAAGACUGGACGCCCGCGAAGCUUGACGUCGCCGUCGACAUGCCCUGGGAGGUGGACCUAUCAUGCCUGCGUGGUCGCGGACCGCAGCCAGGCGAAGCCCUACUUCCGGAAGCUGCGCCCGAUGUACCCGCGCCUGUAUAUGAUGAGGCACUUUUAUCUCAACUUUUAGACAUGGGCUUCCCGCUAGAGGCGUGCAAGCGCGCGCUGUACUACACGAACAACUGUGGCAUGGAGGCUGCCUCCAACUGGCUCAUGGAACACAUGACCGACUGGGACUUCGCCAACAAGUUCACACCGCCGGGAUCCGCAGGAGCGGCCGCGGGCGCGGAGGCGGUAGUGGACGAGGCGAGCGUGGAGCAGAUCAUGGUGAUGGGGUUCACGCGCGCGCAGGCGGCGCGGGCGCUGGCCGCCACGGCCGGCUCGGUGCCCGCCGCGCUGGACUGGAUCUUCAGCCGCGUGGACGAGCUCGACGCCGCCGAGCCCGCGCCCGGCGCCGCGCCGCCCGCCCCCGACCGCAAGCUGGGCUGUCGCGACGGGCCCGAGAAAUACAAGUUGGUGGCGUUCAUCUCUCACAUGGGCACGUCGUCCAUGGUCGGCCACUACGUCUGCCACGUGCUGCACGAGGGACGCUGGGUCAUAUUCAAUGACAACAAGGUGGCCGUCUCAGAAAAUCCGCCCAAGGACCUCGGCUACCUAUACCUUUACGAAAGGCUGUGAUGAUCAUGUUAAAUAUGACUUGUUUGUACCAAAAAUCGCUGGCACGGUUGUAUGGGAUACGAACCUCUGUGUUAGACUGCGUUUGUAUUAUGUAAACAAUAAGAGAUUUUAAUAAAAAACAACUUUUAGGCGAUAUUUAUUUUAUAGACAAACAAAUUGUUAAGAAAUUAAAUUAGGUUAAUAAAAUUUAUUAUCUAAUUAUUUUGCAUAGAAAAUGCUUUUGUGUUGCUAUUUUUACGUAAGACUUUUAUCUGUUUUGUAGUUUGGACAGUUACUAUGUGUAGUUGAAUUAGAAUAAUCCAUAAUACCCUGCUAGGCCAAGACAACAGCAUUUACAUGUGAAUAUUCCACAGCAAGUCGCUAUUAUUUACAACAUUUUUCUUUUGUAUACUUUUGUUAUCUAAGCUGUUAAUUAAUUGCCUAAUAUACAUAUUUUGUAACCAUGUACUAAAAGUACAAUUUAUAUUAUAUUGCCGUACCACAUAACUUAAUGCAUUUAUUGGUGAAGCAGCUUAGUGUUGGAUAAUUUUAAUGUAAAAUAUCAUUGAACAUCACUAAAACAACGAAAAUGAAAGUAAAUUAUUACUGAAAAUGCUCUCUUA